AUGACACAGGGAUGCGUAGAAGCGGCCGCUUUCAUUUUCGAUGCGCUGGACCCAAAGGCCGAUCCGUGCCACGACUUUUACCAGUACGCGUGUGGAAAGUGGAUAAGGAAAGGACAUGAGCUUGUGCAGGGCGAGAUGAUCUUCGCCAGCCUCUCGCGGUUGGACGACUUGCUGAGACAUGAUACCCGAGAUUCGCCGGCCGUGCGCACGGCACAGAAACUCCACCGGCUAUGUCGGAUGUACACCGAGGAUGAACUAUUUAGUUCUAUCCCCGCGUUCGCCAAGAAAUUCGGCGAGGUGCCGUUGCUGGGGCAAAAGUUGCAGCCGGGGAUGGAACCACUCACACUCACCGAGCUCGGCCUCAUUUCUUCAUUGUAUCACAAUAUCAAGGAUAGCCAGUUGGACGCACAUCUAUUCCCAUAUGCAGGGCCCCUUACAUUUGCUAUCGACACCAUGGCCAUCCCGGAAAUCUCGAUCCCCGCUACCUACAGAUGGUUCCUCCUCGACACCAACGGCGUCAACCGCACUUUUCCGCUGGCCAAUCGUCAAAAAUACCUGGCUAAUCUGUUUAAGACGACCCUGGACCACAUUCAAAAGUACUUCCCGGCCAUGACCGGCCAGGAGAAGCGUACGACAGGAUACGUCGCGGACAUGACGGCAUUUUACGAUAAGCUCUGGGAGUUCUACGCCGGCUACAACGAUACCGAUUUGACAAAGACGAAUAUCACGCUGGGUGAACUUCAGGAAUUGGUUCCGGAAAUUGACUGGCUAAAAUUCCUGUCCAACUACACGGUAGGGGAACAAAGGAAAAGCCUAAGCAUGAAGACCAAAGUAUUGUUGCGCGGCGAGAAGGGGAUGUACGCAAAGUAUUCCACUCUACUACGCGACACAACGACAAUGCAAAACGCGGCAUUCUUCAGCUGGUACGCCUACGUGAUGAACGACCGUCAGCUCACGCGCGCGCCGUCUUGUCUCGUGCUGUGGCAUGAAAUGUUCAACAAACUGUCCGAGCACUAUGUGGCCAAAUACCUCUAUGCCGAUGUGGACCUUGGCGAUGUGGAGACCCUGACUGAAAGUAUCCGGGCAGCCUUCGUCGACGUGCUCGCCGAUAACAAGUGGCUGGCCCCGGAAAACAAGAGAUUUCUGAUCGAAAAGAUAAAAAACACGCCCGCCUACCUUGGCUACAACAAGAAUGCGCUCGACCUGAAGGUGGCCGACGAGUUGGCCGAGUUUAUUACCGUUCCCGAUGACCUUUCGCCGAUCGAACAAGCGAUGGUGCAAACUCGGGCGAAAUGGGUGCGACAUAAUUAUGAUCUCGGCGACAUGGUGACGAUGGGUGCGUUGCCGCUGUUCGACGUGAACGGGCAAAACGUCGACAACAAAUAUAUUGUGCUGACGGUCGGCGGCUUUGCCAAGCCAUCAUUCGACCCGCGCUGGCCGCUCGAAUUCAACUACGGUGGCCUCGGGAUGUUGAUUGCCCAUGAAUUCUCGCACUCCUAUGACGCGACCGAUGACCUCCCACCCGGCAACGUUGGCAACGAUACCAACGAGUUUCUGGAGCGCCAGAAAUGCAUCGUCGACCAAUUUGGGAACGUCACCCACUCGAACGUAUACCUCAACAUCUCCGUCACGGGUGACGGCUGGAAUCAGAAAGAGGAAGCUGCAGCUGAUCAUCAGGGAACGCUCGUGGCAUUUCGGGCCUAUCGCAAGCAGCGCAAUCGGCUCUUCGGCAGUAAUCCACCAAAGUUGCCCGGUCUCCAGAAGUACACCAACGAUCAGCUCUUCUUCCUCGCCCAUGCUCAGAACUGGUGCGGGCAACUCGACGAGCUGAAGACGCCCGAACGCCAUCCACCCUACUCGGUGCGCAUCAACGAGGAUAUGAAGAACCUGGAGCCAUUUGCGACGGCGUUCAAGUGUCCGCUGAACUCAUCGAUGAACCCGGAGAAGAAGUGUCGCGUUUGGCGCCGCAUCAAAAAGCGC